AUGUGCGAGCUCUAUAGCAAGCAGGACACCCUGACGCUGCGGGAAAAGCACAUCGGGCCCUCGUGCAAAAUUUUCUUUGCAGCCGAUCCCAUCAAAAUAAUGCGAGCCCAGGGACAGUACAUGUUUGAUGAGAAAGGCGAACGGUACUUAGACUGCAUCAACAACGUGGCGCACGUGGGACACUGUCACCCAGAAGUGGUCAGAGCUGCCGCGAAACAGAUGGAAUUACUAAAUACAAAUUCUCGCUUCCUCCACGACAACAUCAUUGAGUUUGCCAAGCGCCUUACCGCAACCCUGCCUCAGAGGCUCUCAGUUUGCUACUUCACAAACUCCGGAUCCGAAGCCAACGACUUAGCCUUACGCCUGGCACGGCAGUUCCGAGGCCACCAGGAUGUGAUCACUCUUGACCAUGCUUAUCAUGGCCACCUGUCAUCACUAAUCGAGAUCAGUCCUUAUAAGUUUCAGAAGGGCAAAGAUGUCAAGAGGGAAUCUGUACAUGUGGCACCAGCUCCAGAUACCUACAGAGGGAAAUACAGAGAGGACCACGAAGACCCAUCCACUGCAUAUGCAGACGAGGUGAAGAAAAUCAUUGAAGAGGCUCACAGCAGCGGAAGGAAGAUUGCUGCCUUUAUUGCUGAAUCCAUGCAGAGUUGUGGUGGACAAAUUAUUCCUCCAGCAGGCUACUUCCAGAAAGUGGCUGAACACGUGCACAAAGCGGGGGGUGUGUUCAUUGCUGACGAAGUUCAAGUAGGCUUUGGCAGAGUCGGGAGUCACUUCUGGAGCUUCCAGAUGUAUGGUGAAGACUUCGUUCCAGACAUCGUCACCAUGGGGAAACCCAUGGGCAACGGUCACCCGAUAUCCUGUGUGGUGACAACCAAAGAAAUUGCAGAAGCUUUCAGCAGUGCAGGCAUGGAAUAUUUCAAUACGUAUGGAGGGAAUCCAGUUUCUUGUGCAGUUGGCUUGGCUGUACUGGAUGUAAUUGAAAAGGAAGACCUUCAAGGAAAUGCUGUCAGAGUGGGGAACUAUCUCAUAGAGUUACUGAAUGAACAGAAGGCUAAGCAUCCUUUGAUAGGGGACAUCAGAGGUGUCGGCCUUUUCAUUGGCAUUGAUUUGGUGAAGGACCAUGAGAAAAGAACGCCUGCCACAGCGGAAGCACAGCACAUCAUCUAUGAGAUGAAAGGAAAAGGAAUACUUCUCAGUGCUGAUGGCCCUCACAGGAAUGUGCUAAAAAUAAAACCACCCAUGUGUUUCACAGAAGAAGAUGCAAAAUUCAUGGUGGACCACCUUGAUGGCAUUUUAAAAGUUUUAGAAGAAGUCAUGGACUCCAAGAGUGGAAUUGUGGUCUCUGAGAACGCAGCUCACAGGACAAAGGUGGACAUCCAUGGAAGUUAUGUUGCCCUGUCUUUGCAGAUGCCCAACCUUAGUGCCACCCAAGCCAGAGAAAUCCACAGCGGAAAAAGAAAUGGUGUAUGCUCAGACCAGCAUGCCCUGCUCAACAAAAGACUCAAGACAUGA